AUGCUGGAACGAGCUUGUAAUUCAAGACGCUGUGAAAGAAUUAAUGAAAGAAACAGGAAGCUCAUCCAGCGGCAAAGUGGAAGGCUCUCCGUACCUGAUGUUCGCUAUACCCAACAUGCCGCUGGCUUCCUUUCUUAUCGAAAAGGUGCCUGCAUCGACCAGACGGAUGAUUCGGGUUGUACCACUCUUUACCAAGCUGUAAGCGAGUGGCUUAUUCGUCCUUCUGUUCAAAAAAGACUAUUCGUUGAAUUUUUACUUUCGAGAGGAGCUAAUCCCAAUUUUAAAAAUAAUUCUGGAGAAAGUCCACUUACAAAGAGUUUUCCGACAUUUCAGGCCACGAGGUAUAAAGAUCAUUUGCUAGAAAUUUGGCGAUGUCUCUUGAAUUUCGGAGCUAGGGCCAAAAUCAAAGACGACUCUGAUAGAUCUCCCCUCCAUAUUCUUGUAAAUCUAUCUUGCAAGCUAUCACCUAAAACUGUAGACGAAGGCAUUGUACUCUUUCACGAACAUGGAUGUGCAAUUAACUGUAGAGAUGCUGACGGAAACACUCCACUGCAUCUAUGGGCGAGGUUAGCGGUUAAGAGCCAAAACCUCGAGAAAGUUGGAAAUAAAAUAAUAGACCGCGGAGGAACCGUCAAUGCAAGAAAUGACAGCGGAGAGACACCUUUGCAUCUCGCACAGUUCUGGGAACCGGUAGAUUUGUUACUAAAACAAGGAGCACAACCGAAUGCGCAAGACCUCAGCGGAGAAACCCCCUUACACAAGUUUGUUGACAAAGAGACUUUGAUAACAGAUAAGGUAAAAGUAGGUCGAUGGAAGAAGUGCCUUACUUCUGGAAUGGAUCCGUGGAAGAAAAAUGAUAGUGGAGUAUGCCCAUUUCAAGAUCUCUUAGAAAAGGGCUUUCUACAAAGCUCGUUGAGACUAUUAAAAGCAGUUUUCGAACACUAUGUCGAUGAAGAAACGAUUGAAUCUGCGCGAUGUUUUAAAGAUUCCGAAGGGAACUCCCUGUUACACUUGGCGUGUAUCACUCAAGCUGACGCAAUCUGUGAGUAUUUACUUCAGAGAGGGUUUAGCGUGAACAAUCAAAACAUUCGUUUGCAGACACCGUUGAGUUUGGUAUGCAGCAGGGUGGGAACAUUGCCGAUGAAAAACAUCCAAAACACCAUCCUUCUACUACAGAAACACCAUGCUGAUCCCAAAAUACCAGAUGAUAAAGGAAACACGUGCCAGGUGUUGCUCAAUGGACAUGAAGACCUAAAGAGGCUACUGCGAAUAGAUAUUGAGAAAGAGCCAAUUUUACCCAUUAUGAAGUGGCGCAAGGAGUCCGAAAAGCACAAGGAUGCACUCUGUGACAUUUCUUGUGGCCAAAAAUGUCAAAGAGUUGAAAGCUAUCAUCACCACAAACACUAUAUUGGCAAAGGCUCGUUUUCGUUAGUCUUUCCUGCUCUGGAUGAAAGAGAUGGGAGAGAAGUAGCACUAAAGCGACUAGAAAAAGCCAGGUUAGAAGAUGCCAGUUUCAGAAGGGAGAUUGAAUGUCUCAUGAAACUUAACGAUUGUCCAGCUGUGGUAAACUACAUCUGCAGCUUUAGCAGCUCCGACUUCCAAUACAUAGUUGUUGAGCUAAUGGAAGGAACUUUGAAUGAAUAUCUCGACACAGAGCAUGAGGGAGUAAAUGCGUUUCGGAUCUGCUCUGACAUAUACUCUGGUAUAGAGUAUCUACACAAAAAUGAAGUUAUCCACAGAGAUUUAAAACCGCAGAACAUCUUGUACAAAACUACGCCGUCGGUAGCGAUGAAAAUCGCAGAUUUUGGGCUGAGUAAAAUUCUUCAGACGACGCAACAUUUUGGUUCAAGUGACACAGUAAUGCACUCAAUGGUUGGAACAAAGUGUUGGAAAGCUCCGGAACUCUUUACAAAUGACAGUCAAAGCAAGUAUAGCAAGGAGUCUGAUAUUUUCAGUUGUGGUUUGCUCUUCCAUUACAGCCUAGCCAAAGGAAAGCAUCCCUUUCAUGACCCGAAAGAGUCUCCCGCACAGAUAGGUUCCCCGAAUACAACUGAGAACAUAAAAGAUAACAUCGAAAAUAAGAGAUUCUUUUGUCCCUCUCUUUCGGCAGAGGCUGUCCAUAUUCUGACAAGAAUGUUGUCACUCAAACCUGACGAAAGGCCAACAGCUUCCUCCCUAAAGACUUUUCCCUUCUUUUGGGAUAAUGCAAAGAAGAUGGAUUUUCUUAAGAAAGUGGGAAACGAGGAUGAGUUUACAAAGCCCAGAUCUACUCUCACUCGCCCGUUGACCGAUGUAGAGAGACAAUUAGAGAAACAAAUGAAAAACGCUCUUCCGUGGACGUCAAACAGUUCAAUCAACGAUAUAUUUUCGGAGUUCACAAGUGAUCCUAGAUAUAGAGAUCAGUACGAACCAAAUUCGGCUGUAGAACUUGUUCGGUUAAUAAGAAAUGUGCACGAACACCCCGCAAAUCUUUCAAGAAAAGCCAAAUCUUUACUGGAUAAGCAUGUAUUUCUGGAGCAAUUUCCUCAUUUGGUUACGGACGUUUUCAACUCAGCUCAACAGUGGAAAGAAAGAACAAACCUGAAAUCAUUUUAUGAGUAG